AUACCAUUCAGUGCUCCACCCAGUCCUGAUGAUUGGUUGGGGGUAAAAGCUUCUGGAAAAGUUUUUCUUAUUAUUAGUAGGCUAAUGGUUGCUCAACGUCAUAAGGUUUGUGACAGGACAGCGGUUCAACCAACUCGACCACAUUCCAGAGACAACAUCACCUUUGUUGCAUGGAGGUGGUGCAAUUGCUUUUCUUCUCAGGAGAGGCACAUUUAAUCUUUACUCUAAAGAUAACCGUGCAAUGCCUUGGUGGGAUUGUUCCACCUAAUUAACCAUCACUUAUCAAUCCACCUACACCCGGACGAGCCGUUCUGAAGUCAAAUAGGAUGGUGUGGCCACACGGUGACUUGAGUUGGGAGGAAAACUGUUGAUAGAGCUUUACAAAAGCGCCCAGCCAUGAGGGACAGACUAAGCCACUUACAAGAGCUGUCAGAUGGCGGCAGUAGCAGCAGCCAUGUGGAGCCAAUGGACUACGCUGAGUCCUCCACCUCCGACUCCUUCAGCAACGUGGACCUGGAGGAGGAGCUGCCUCACCAGGCCGUCAUCUUCGACAACAGCCCCGCCUUGGAUGACGUGUUCUCCCAGUCCCAGAGUGUCCACCGCGAGGUCCAGCUCAUCCGCCUGGAGGUCAAGAGGCUCCGAGAGCAGAACUCUCGUGUGCUCCAGGGCACCAGCCGCAUGAGCAUGAUCAAGAAGGAUUCCAACGCCAUCGGUGCCGACAUCAAAUCCCGUGCAGAGGGUGCGCUGGUGCACCUCAGAGACAUGGACGCGUCAGCCCGCAAGCUGGAGGCAGAGCACGGCUCCAACGCUGCCGUGACCCGCAUCGCCCGGACGCAGUACGCCUGCCUUAGCAACAGCUUCCGUGACGCCAUGUUCGAAUACAACGAGGCAGAGAUGAACCACAAGGAGAACUGCAAGACCCACAUCCAGCGGCAGAUGGAGAUCGUGGGGCGGGAGGUGACAGGCGAGGAAGUGGAGGAGAUGAUCGAGUCGGGCAAGUUUGAUGUCUUCAGCGAGAAUAUCCUGAAAGAGGGGAUGACGACAAAGUCAGCAUUGAAUCAGAUUGAGUAUCGGCACCGGGAGCUAGUGGAUCUGGAGAACCGUAUCCAGAGCAUCCAUGAGAUCUUCUUAGACGUGGCCUUGUUAGUGGAGGAGCAGGGGCCUAUGAUGAACACCAUACAAACCAACAUCCAGCAAACAGACGCGUCCUUACAGGAAGCCCUGGUCAAACUGGAGAGAGCAAAGCGCCACGACAAGAACAAUCCCUUUAAGAAGAUGUUCUGCAGCUGCUUCCCAUGCUACAAAUAAAGAAUACUGUAUUUAAAAGUGGAGUUUAAAU